CCAAAUAAUAAAUUGAUAAAACCGUCAACCCAACCCGGGACCCGGGGGUUGAGGCCCCUUUCUGUGUUCUCCUGAAGCUUCGGUGCAACGGGAACGACACGGGCGCCUCCAUCGGUUCGUGCUCAUAAUCGAAUCGAGCGACAGCAACGCGCGAUAAGUGCAUUCCUCGAAGGAGCAGGAGGAUGAGGACGAGGACGAGGAUGAAGAGAGGUUAUUGUUUAAAUAAACUUGCGCCACCCCCAUCCCCCGUCCCCGGGAAACGCUUCACGGUAUGCCAAACCGGUGGCCUUCCAUGGGAUGCUACCGGUGGUUCCCCUUUUUUGUUCGCGUGACUUUAUGCUUCCGAGCAGCGCUAGCUGGCGAGCUUCAUGAUCAUUCAUUAAGUUUAAAUUAAAAUCUUUCCAUCACCGUCCCGCCAAAGUGGCACGCGAGGUCCUGGACGACAGUAAAGGCCAAAGAUUCAUCCGGAACGCGAAGCGGAGCAUCAUCAUCAUCGUCGUCGUUGUCGUCGUCGUCGUCGGCGUCCGCGAGGUCACUGGAAUGUGCGCCAUGUUGUUGACGUACGGGUGUACGAUGGCGGGUGAACAACUAAAACACAACUUUUGCUUGGUGUUUGGUGUCUUUUGCAGGCCAGAGGAUGGUAGCCGAGUGUUCCGGAUCCUGUCACGUGAUCUCGCGAUCUCGCGCACACCGUUAAGGGUCCCUAGCAUCAUGGUUCUGGGGCAUCAUGGAUAAUAAAUUAUACACUUUGGUCCCGGUGCUCCAGCGUAGGGCAAUCUGAAGCCGAUAGGCCCUGGUGUGGCCGCAAUUCUGGCCCCGGACCGUGACCUAGGCCCAAAGCCUGAAUUGGCAUGUUUGGGGAGUUUUUUUCUUUUGUUUGCUGUUCGAUCACGAGAAUCUGUUUUACGCCAUUUUCCAUCCAGUUUUUUUUUGUUUCUCUGUUUAUUUCGCUGCCCAAGCUAUCCUUUCGAUUUUUAUGGUUUCUUGCCAGGGUGUGUGAGUGGCCCCUAGCGUUAGUGGUGACCGCAAAAAGCGGCCAAAGCGAGCCCACGGCCGAAUCAAAACCGACAACCGAACGUGAAUUGAAAAUUGCAUUUCAUCAAAAAGAAAAAUACGCCAUCGAAGGGCUUCAUAGUGGUGGUGACCUGCUGCUACCCUUCCCCGCCCCUCCUUACCGGUCAGCUAGGCUGCCAGCAAAUGGGAAAAUUGGGGAAAAGCCCUAGGACGAUCCAAUUGAUUUUCGGGUUGAGCACGCUGGCCAGGCUCAGCGAACCAGAAAGCUCCGGGAAUUUGUUUGCCUCCGUUGACCGCUGCUCCGUCCGUCCGCUGCCCCUUGCCCACCCCUCUCUGCGGGUAUGUGUUUCCGCGAGCUUCCGUUUCCGGCUGCCAGGGCGCUAUUGUUUUGCUUAAAUGUUUCUCCAACGAACGAACCUUUUUGCCUUUUUUCCCUCACUCUCUCAGUGUUUGCCUCUGCUUAUCUGGUGUGCGCGCUUUUUUUUUUGGGUGUUUUUUCCAUUGGGGGCCACUGGUUGGUGUUGGCUUUUUUGUAUGGGUGCUGGGGGUCUGUGUGCCUGUGUGCUGGCACAAACCGCGUGGCUCCCGGGCACAUUUCCUCAUUUUUUGAUUGCCAUACCGCGGAGGACGACGAGAUGUACGAGGAUGUUAUUGUUCCGUUGAUAGCACUCGGCAGCUGGCGCGACGGGAUGGAGGACGCGGAGAAGCUAUUAAUUUAUUUAUCAUUCCACGUUGUUUUCCCGCACGCCCACGGCCAUUCCAUGCCAGCGCUGCCUGUCCCAUCCUUCCAUUAAUAUGCUGUGAGCGAAAGAGGGGGAAAAAAGCAGAUCCGAUGCGAUGCAAGCGAUGCACAACUCGAUACUCGAUCGCCAUUGCUGCUGCUGCUGCAGACGGAUGUUGUGAUGGUGCUUGACGUGUAUAUCUGUGUGUCCGUGUGGCAAAGCUUCCGGAUUCGUGUCGCGCCUCUGCUCAGCGCCCGGUUGCUGCAGUAUGAUUUAUUCAUUACGGGCCAUUCCACGGGACCUUCUGGUUGGGUUUUGGGCUCUGCAACUGUCCAAUAGUCCACACUGCCCUCCGUGCAGUUUGUCGAUUGCCAAUCAACCAAGGCGGAAUUGGGCCCUGAAAGGAUUCUUCGGAAGGGUCGAUUCGUUAUCGUUCCAGGAUCGUUAGUAGGAUUUGAGAACUGACGGAGAUUAGGACGACGACGACGACGAUGACGAUCGACGACGGAGGAAAACACCUUUUUCCAAAACCAAUCUAUGCUGUGAAUAAUUAGUGCCAUAUUAAACCGUUAUCUAUAUUUAUGAGUGUAUGUAUGUGUGCGUACGUGUGCGUGUGCCUGUAUGCGUGUUUGUACAGUAAGGAUCUGUUAGAUUUGCGACAGGCAGGCAGGUCGGUGGAGCGGCUGGCAAGCACUCAGCGCCAAUCCAUCCAUCCAACCUGCCUUAACUCGAUCCCCCUCCCAACCCCCUCUUUCUUCCACACUCAUUCCGUUGCGGCUCCGUUUUCGUAGAAUUUCUUCCAACCUCCCACCAACCAAACCACCGGUGGGCACAAACAAACAGUACCAUUUGCAUUGAAAAACAUGUUUUUCUUUCGCCUCAUUCGAUCGUGUGCCACUGGAAAAAUGGGGGAGAAACGUUGAGGAUGUAUGCGACGCUGGUGGGAAAUAAUGCAAAACAAGGAAAAACGAAUUUCAAUUAGAAUGAUAAUGAUUUCUCGCCCUCCAGAGUGGGCUAAACCUAAGUGCACGAAAACGAACGAAAGAAGCGAGGAUGUUAAUCAAAAGAACUGUCAGGCGCUGGGCAGCGAGAGGAGAAUCGCAAACGAUGGACGUUAAUCGAACUCUGCAAUCGUUCGAAGCGCUCAUUCUUCUUGGUGGUUGUUGCUGAUUAUUACGGUGUGCUGAGAGAUGAGGCGAACCAUUUAACGAAUGUGUUUUUUUAUACUUUUGCAUAGGAAAUGAGCAGAGGCGCCGGAGGAGAGACGGAGUGUGCGUUAUGUACUAUGAUAAGUUAAUUAUGAAAUAAUGAAAUGUACAUCGUAUGGUAACAGGUAGCAGGUUCAACUCGGGUGAGGUCACUAGUAAAUCCAUAAAAAAAUGUCAUAAAAAAACGGAGCGAAAAACAGGUCAGUCAGUAACGUGAACCGACAGUAACGUAUCAUAAAGCUCCCUUCCAUGUUGUCGCUUCACCCCGUUCACUCGCUUUAUCUGUUCCUGCGUGGGGAGUGGGAUUAAUUUAAUUAUUCAUCCCCAACCUCCCCCUCCCUCCAGGCGAGUGGAGGAGCGGCUUGCAUCGUGACAAGGAGGGACAUUAAGUGUGAAAACAAAUGCUCGGCUCCCUAUCAGCCCCAGCCGGUUUACAAGGCAGCAUGCAUGCUGGUGUGUUUGUGUCCGUUAAUUGGUGGUAAUUAAAAUUAUUAUCUCGCACCGCACCACACCACAGCGACCGUCGCUUGACCGGUCGUCAACCACCACCACCAAUCGCGUACCGUGAUCGCGAUGAUCGAUGGAGUGCGCUAUCAAAUCAUGGUUGCCACAAAUUAUGAAACAAUCAAAGCAUCCCAAACGCGUCUGUCGGAGUCGGAGUCACGGAAACUGGAAACGAACAAAGUAUGCCGGUUGCCAAAUGAGACGAAUCACCGUCAACGUCACCAGCAUCAUCUAGUAACGUAGGAAUUCAAAUAAAAAAGGAGGAAGAACCGAGGGAUGUCUAGGGAUAUCCUGGAAGGAACCGGUAUUCGGUAGCAUCGCAUUCUCAUCAUAACACGUAGUUUGUGAAAGGUGACGAGGGUAGAGCACACAUACACACAGCCAGGACACAUUGUUCGAUUCGACAAAAACGGAAAAGCAUAAAAAAACAUUAAAGAAAAGAGCGAAAAAUCCAUCUUAAUGUGUUAAGAAACGAAAUACUAAGAAAAAUCCAAACAAGACUUAUCGAAUGAAUUUGUAAAAAUAAAAAAAGGAAGAAAUAAGAAUGCGAAAGGCGAUAACGCGGGAAGUAAAUUUAAAACUAAAGUUAAUUAAACGAAACCGGAACUGCGUGUGUAUGUGUAGGUGUGCGUGCGCGCGAGGGUGGUCGAAAGCCACAGCAACAGUACAGUGGCUGUCCGGUGUUUGUUAAUCAACUGUGUGUCGCGUACUGCAAAAAGAGUGCGGAUCCGAUUUCGGAGUCGAUAAUUCAAUAAUGAAAAACUCGCGAACCGAACUGCAAACUGGCAUGGCACCAGCACUCCAGAGCAAACAGUGAACAGCGCGAUCAGGAGAUAAGGAAAGGGCGAAAUUAAAGUAACAGGACACGAGGAUUGAACACGAGACUAAAUAAAG